UGAGAUUUCCAUUAACGAAAUAUUACGAUAUCGUGAAAGGUCGCCCUACUACAAAACCUGUUUUGGUGAAGUUAAGCCAGGGUAAAGUAGCCUUUGAGUUAAUUUUUGAAAGGAACCAGAGAACUGGAAAAAUCCGGAUCUGAAGCAAAGGCAGUUCAUAGAUUGAGACAACGUUAACUUUUGAUAAUAACUCUAAAUAUUGCACAAAACACAUGUACCAUAUCGUGGAGUCGCAUACGAAUGAAUAAAUUCAUUUCUUUUAUGCUUCUGCAACGAUUGCUCCAAAAAAGAAACACAAACAUGCGACGUAUCUGCGACUGAAAACUGAAGACGGUUGCUGAAACAGGGAGAAAGUCUAACAUGGGCAGUAAAAGAAAUCAAAACACGGCCAGUGAUACGAUGCCCGAACCGCCCGAGUCGGGCUGGGCAUGGGUGGUUGUGUGCGGUGCUUUUGUUAUCCAGUUUAUGGUAGUUGGCUUUCUUGCCUCGAUGUCUGUCUACGUUUUCCUGUGGAUAAAUUACUUCGAGGGAAGCGCGGCCCAGACCAGCCUGAUUGUGUCGCUUUGUUCUUUCCUGAUGGGUGUCUUUAGUCCAGUGGCCGGUGCAAGCUGUAAGCGCUUUGGACCCCGUCUGACGGCCAUGGCGGGUGGUACGCUAACAUGUGCUGGCGUCAUUAUCUCCUCACAAGCGACUGGUAUUGUCUUUCUCAUCUUCAGCCUGGGGGUUCUGACAGCCUUCGGAAUGAGUAUGGCCACAAAUGCUUCUUAUACGAUACUGGGUAUGUACUUCAAGAAACGUCUGGCUAUAGCCAUGGGUUUAGCCACUGCUGGAGUCAGCGUAGGACAGUUGGUUCUUCCACCUUUCUUCCAGUAUUUGAUCGACCACUACGGAUGGAAAGGGUCGCUGAUGAUAACUUCCGCACUAACAUUUCACGUAGCUGUUGCUGGUGCCCUCAUGCGGCCCCCGCGUAUUGCUAAACCGAAGAAGCCAUCUAGAAAGUCCACUGGUCGCACAGCAGAGGAUGAGGCCAAAGCAGAAGAAAACGGCAAUAACAUUGAAUCGACUGGAGUCGGCAGCCUUCGGGCCCUGUCGCUUCUCAACCCAUCGAUCUUUGACGCAGAAGAUCAAGUCGGUUCCCCCAAUGGCAUGGCCCUAGGAGAAGGAUCGAUCUUCCAGGAGGAGCCAGACGUUGCCAUGACAACAGACAUUGAAGAGGAUGAGGACAGGAUUCAGUAUGUCGACGAUGAUUCUUGGAGUCUGUCAUCAACUCCGGGAGGAGAUAUGUCCGCCUUGAGCCACAGUGUCUGGGUACCUAUCGCUGUGACAGCCUUGCAGAGCAUGCCAGGAAAGAGGCGUCAACGAUCUUUUCUUCCCGGACGUAAACCUCGCUCUGCAUCUAUGCUAAGCCAGACCUUGCAGAAACAGCCUUCUGAACUCCUGCGUCUCUUUCGGAAUCCCAGCUUUGUGAUCAUGCUGGCGGUGAGCAUAGCACACGGCUUCGGCUGGGCGUCCACCACCUACCAUUUGGUAUCGCGGGCCGAGUCUGUCGGUGUCGAACCAGACAAAGCCGCCUUACUUCUCACUGCAAUGGGCACAGGCAGUCUUGUCGGUAGACUAAGCAUUGGAUGGCUGGCUGACAAAAAAUGGAUCGAUCCUAAAAUCUACUACACCUGUACCUUCGCCUUUUGUGCCUUGGCAGCAUUCAUAACUCCUCCGAUAACAGUCUACUACGCACUGAUAGCCUUGGCGCUUGUUCAAGGCUUAGCAUUCGGUGCAGCGACAGUCAUCCUAUUCAUUACUCCUGGGCGUAUUGUUAAGCCAGUACUUGCCACCACAUCCUUGUCGUAUUGUCUUCUUGCGUGGGGUGCAGGAGAAAUAUCUGGAGGAGCAUUAGCGGGAUGGUUUUACGAUGCUCUUGAAAGCUACGACUAUUCCUUCUACACUGCUGGAUCAGUGAUGACUGCUGGGUCUGGAUUUAUGCUCGUCAUAUUCUUCCUCCAGCGAGCGAAGCAACGAUGUCACGGACACCCCGCCAAGACAUCUGAGGGCAGACACGAGCACGUCGAACCGGGUUCGAAUCCGUUUGAUCCGGAGUUUGCUGGGUCAAAGUUUGAUGAUUUGGGAAGGGUCAAUCCGUUGUUUUUCAUGAGGGAAAGGGUUGAGUCAGAGAGGAAUAAGGGUGAAGUUGGACAGUGGGUGGGGCUGUGUCAGUUGAUGAAUUGAAUGAGAGGGAGACUGAUUUUAAGGGCUGGUCUUGGAAUAAUGCCCCUCAAGGGGAGGAGAUUGUAGUGGAUGUAAUUGAAAGGAGGGAGUUAGACACUGAAAGACACUGUGGGUUUGAGGAAUCAUCGGACAUUGACGAUCAAAUGAAUGAUUAUAACACGGCUGAAGCUCAUGCAAACUGUACCACUCCAACGCAGAUUAACACACGCGCAGAAGUGCACGCUGAAGGGACACAUAAUUUCGACAUAUCGAACAAUUCUACUGAUGCUGAUCCGGACAGUAUGGUGGUUGAAAGUUAUGACAAUAAAAUUUUGAUUUAUGACGGAAGCAAACGGGAUAGUGAUGGUGAUAUUGGCUUUGGAAAUCCAUGCUAUAACGUUAAAUCUUGUUCCAGCAUUCAAGAUUCUGGUAAUCAGGACAGCCCCUAUAAUGCACAAGAAGAAGUCGGUAGAGAGCGUAGUUUGUCCAAUGGCUUAGAAACGCCUCAUAACGAGUCUGAAUGUAGCAAUUACGAAAACGAUUGCGGUAUUGAAAAUCCUAUUUAUUUUGCUGAGUCUAAUUUAAGCGACUCUUUCCCGUACGAUAGCGAGUGUGUGAGUGAGAAGUGUCAGACUUGUGCCAGAGAAUUAGGUAUAAGUAAUUGUGUGGAAACUAUUCCAAAGGUGUUGCUGACCAACGAUUCCCUUGAACCAGAGAGAAACCGUGAAAAGGACGAUGAGAAGGAACGUGAGAAUUACUCAACUGUGAGCAAAGAGGGGGAGGGAAAUUACUCUGGAAUCUCUAACCCCUGUUACGUCGCAGACACUCCAGCAAAUAAAUGCCACAGGGAGAGCUCAGAGAACGUCACGUGUGGUUGUUAGGACAGAGGGGGUUCGGACGCCAGAAAGCGAAAAUGCGUGUGAAGUAUUGCAAUAUUUACUGGGUGGGAGGGGUCACAACUUUGUCUCCAAAGAACGUUUAAUGCCAGCUGUUUUCCCUUGCCUCUCAGGAACAAAGAUAGGUUCGUUGCAAUGAUCUAUUCUUUCCUCUUGGACUUUAUUUUUCAACAUUUUAUUUUUUAAAAUAUGUAUUAAGGAAACAUCAAUAAACAGUUGUUUGCGGGUUGCGUCUGUUGUUGUUUUCUUUUUUCUGGUCAUAUUCUGUGACAAAACAUUAUUUACUAGUUGCAUGCCAACAGACAAGAUCGGAAACAUUUACCAGAAAAGUAUUUCAGACACAGAAUUGGUACGAAACCUAAAA